AUGACUGUCGACAAUUCUACCUCUCCAUCAGAAACAUCGCAACCGAGGGCAACAGAGUACUGGUCUCGCCACCUGCGUUCCGUGCUCGCACCACUAUUUGAGGCCGCGAAGACAUAUUCAGCGGCCGAUCAACAGGCCCAUCUUAAGUUCAUCGAUGAGCAUGUUGCACCCAAUCUCGGCCCCCUGCCAGGAGAACCGCACGGUCCAUAUACCACUCCCUCCUCGCUCGUGGGCUCGCCUUUCGAUCCUAGCAUCAACCUCGUUUCGUCCGGACAAGCUAAAGUGCGAUUCGAUUUUGAUGUCGUCAGCCCAGCAGAGCGAACAGGGCCUGAUCCCUUCGCAGAGAAACAGUCGCGCGAGCUACUGCACCGUCUAGCAGGAGUUGUCGGGGCAGAUACCCAGUGGAUGAACGGCCUCAUGGACGCACUGUACCUCACCCCGGAGGAGAAUGAGACUGCCUUGGCAAAAAUGCCACCCGGAAUUGCCAUACCUCCCAGCUCUGUUGGUUUCGAUUUCGACGGCCCGAAAAAAACGUUGAAGUUUUAUAUCCCCGGGGUGCGGAAGGGCAUUGCUACGGGGCGUCCAUUUGGGGAUAUCAUCCUGGAGACCCUCAGGUCUCUGAAGCCAUUGGGAUCUGAGCUCACCCCAGCGUUGGAUUUGAUUGCAUCAUAUAUAUCUACCUGUAAACACGACGCCAUGCUUCCUUUGGUAGGAAUCGACUGUGUCGACCCAACAAAACACAAAGACGCACGCGUCAAAUGCUACAUCCACACAAGCGGGAACUCGUUCGCCGUUGUCCGCGACGUCUUAACCCUUGGUGGCCGUCUCACUGACGAGACGUCCCUCAAGAGGGUUGAAAUCUUGAAGACAAUCUGGCCACUGUUAAUCAACGAACCCGACGGCCUCAACACAACUGAUGAAUCCUGGUCGAAGCCGGAGCGUAUUAACCGUACAGGAUACUCUGGCAUUCAGUACACCGUUGAGGUCACGCCUGGAAAGGCAGUCCCCGAUACCAAGAUAUAUGUUCCGCUCUUCCAGUAUACCGACAGUUCCGAGGUUGCUGAGCGAAAUUUCGAAAGUGUUCUCAAGAAAUUGGAUAAUGAGUGGGGGCAUAGUGGUAGGUACAGGAAGACGAUGCAGUCCAUCUUUAAGGACGUGGACAACUAUGGGCAAACGUAUGCUUCUUUCUCGUAUUCGGAGAAGAAGGGUGUGUAUACGACAUCUUAUGUUGCGAUGCCUAUCAAGGACGAGGGCCACGGGCUGGCUGGGGACUUUGGACUUCGCGAGAAUUAG